GGUACACUUUUCCUCAGAAAGGAGGAGGAAGAGGCCGGAGGACAGUACAGCGCUUGGGCGCUUGCCCUGCACGUGGCCGGCCCGGGUUUGUUCACCAGCAUCGCAGAUGGUCCCCUGAUCACUGCCAGGAGUCACCCCUGAGCACUGCUGUUGUGGCAUCCACCAAACAAACAGGAGGAAGAGGGGCGGGGAGGAACCCAGGCAUUGCAAGAGGGAGGCACCAGGCCCGCGGCGGGGAGCGCUCAGCCUGGAAGCUCCGACCGAGGCCUGGGUCCCCCGGCCGCCGGCCAGAGAGGGACUCCCCGGGACGCCCCGCCGGCGGCGCCGUUGCACGGUGUGCCACAGACCACAACGUGGACAACACGACGGAGAUGCUGCGUGAGUGGCUGGCCGCCGUGGGCCCUGACUACGCGGCCGUGGUCUGGAGGCCCGAGGGGGCGCCCAGGGCCUACCCAGACGAGCAGGGUCCCAAGCACUGGACCCGGGAGCGGUACCAGUUUCUGAUGGAGCUGAAGCAGGAGGCGCUGACCUUCGCCCGGCGCUGGGGGGCCGACUACAUCCUGUUUGCAGACACGGACAACAUCCUGACCAACAACCAGACGCUGCGGCUGCUGGUGGGCCGGGGCCUGCCCGUGGCGGCGCCCAUGCUGGACUCGCAGACCUACUACUCCAACUUCUGGUGCGGCAUCACCCCGCAGGGCUACUACCGCCGCACGGCCGAGUACUUCCCCACCAAGAACCGCCAGCGCCGGGGCUGCUUCCGGGUGCCCAUGGUGCACUCCACCUUCCUGCUGUCCCUGCGGGCCGAGGGGGCGGCCCAGCUGGCCUUCUACCCCCCGCACCCCAACUACACCUGGCCCUUCGACGACAUCAUUGUCUUCGCCUAUGCCUGCCAGGCGGCCGGGGUCUCGGUUCACUUAUGCAACGAGCAGAGAUACGGCUACAUGAAUGUGCCCGCGGGCCCCCACCAGGGCCUGGAGGACGAGAGGGUCAACUUCAUCCACCUGCUCCUGGAGUCCCUAGUGGACGGGCCCCCAAUGCGGGCCUCGGCACACGUGUCCCGGCCCCCGAAGAGGCCCAGCAAGAUGGGAUUUGAUGAGGUCUUUGUCAUCAGCCUGGCCCGACGGCCAGAGCGCCGCCAGCGCAUGCUGAGUUCACUGUGGGAGAUGGAGAUCGCGGCGCGGGUGGUGGAGGCCGUGGAUGGCCGGACUCUCAACGGCAGCACCCUGAGACGUCUGGGCGUGGAGCUGCUCCCCGGCUACCAGGACCCCCACUCGGGCCGCCCGCUCACCAAGGGCGAGGUGGGCUGCUUCCUGAGCCACCACUCCGUGUGGGAGGAGGUGGUGUCCAGGGGCCUGGGCCAGGUCCUGGUGUUUGAGGACGAUGUCCGCUUCGAGAGCAACUUCCGGGCGCGGCUGGAGCAGCUGAUGGCGGAGGUGCAGACGCAGCGGCUGGCGUGGGACCUGAUCUACCUGGGCCGGAAGCAGGUGAACCCCGAGGAGGAAGUGGCCGUGGAGGGUCUCCCACGCCUGGUGGUGGCCGGCUACUCCUACUGGACGCUGGCCUACGCGCUGAGCCUGCCGGGCGCCCGCAAGCUGCUGGCCUCGCAGCCCCUACGCCGCAUGCUGCCCGUGGACGAGUUUCUGCCCAUCAUGUUUGACCAGCACCCUAACGAGCAGUACAAGGCCCACUUCUGGCCGCGGGACCUGCGGGCCUUCUCGGCCCGGCCGCUGCUCACCGCGCCCACUCACUACGCCGGGGACGCGGACUGGCUCAGCGACACGGAGACGUCCUCGGCCUGGGACGACGACAGCGGCCAGCUGGUCAGCUGGAGCGGCGGCUCCCACAAGACCCUGCGUGACCCCCGCCUGGACCUGGCUGGCGGGGGCCACGGCCUCCGGCCCCGGGACGAGCUCUAGCCCCGGGCAGCACGCGUGUUCCCCUCUGUCCUGUCUGGAUUCGGCUCGGGGGCCACACCCGGCGAGGCCCAGGGUUGACCCCGGCUCUGCACUCGCGAGUCACCCCUGCCCGGGGCGUGGAACAGGGCCGGCCGCGUGCCUGGCCUCCCCGCUGCCCCCCCGUCCUCUCCCUGCCGCCUCUGUCACUGUCACUGUGUCACGCCAGACUGCUCCCUGCUCUCUCCACACGCCUCUGCCAUCUCCACGUCCAGGCGGUGAGGCGGGGAACGUCCAGGAGCAGCACUGGAGACCGCCGGCCGCCGCCUGGGACCUGACCCCUCUGCCCCCGGCCCUGUCCCGGGAGUGGAGACAGCACUCGGGCAGUGUCCUGAUCACGUUCGUUGCACACGGGCUGGGCUCAUCGACUCAGGGCCUGGGUGGAGAGAAGGGGGUUCUGCCCCAGACACCUGCCCGCCCAGCCCCUUCUCCCCCUCUACCUCCAUGUCAGCUCCUCCCCAGCUCCACGCCUGGCCAGCGGGCAGGGCGGGAGGGGAGGACCCUCGUGUGCCGGGUGCCUGGUACAUAGUAGGUGCUCAAUAAAAGCCCGCUGGGAUUUGCACUUUA